AUGUCUUUUAAAAAAAUUGACCGUCCUGCACCUAAACCCUCAGGAAUUGUAACGACUGAUAACAACGAACGCGUUAUACCAGCAACCUUACGAGCAGAUGGCACAGUUCGAAAGGAACGACGAGUACGGCCAGGGUUUGUUCCUCAAGAAGACGCUCAAAAAAAGAAUGAAAAACGAAGUCUUAAAAAAAAAGAGCGAGAUAAAGAGGGUGAAAAAGAGGGUGAUCUUAACAACGAAUUGUUAGGUCAAAUACAAAAUAAAAUGUUUGAACUGUCAAUUAAUAAAAGCAUUGAGUUUAUUGCAGAACCUGAAGAAAAGACUACUAUAACUAUAGAACAGUUGGAAAAUACUACAAAGAAAAUCAAAGCUCUUGAAAAGAAAAUUAGACAGAUUGAGAGACUUAAAGAGAAGAAAGCACGUGACGAAUCAUUACAUGAAGAAGAAGAGGAGAAAUUAAAUAAAUUAGAACAGAUCCAAGAAGAAUUAAGAAAAUUAAAGCAAGGAGAUGAUGAUGAAUAA